GUUAUACCGACAAUAAGAGCACAAGAUGAUGUAUAUAGAGGUUUAGGAGUUCUAGCUUCAUCACAAACCUGGUAUACUUGUAGCAAACAAUUAACAAACUAUAUUAAUUAUGAGAUGAAAGUGGUGGAAACUGAUCAAGAAAAAUCAUCAAAUUUUGGAACAUACGCAAAAGGACCUACUCCUCCGCCAAAACAACCAGGUAUACAAAAUUCUAUAGAUCCAAAUGGGGUAACAUCAAUAUAUUGGCCAGAAUUAUCAUGUUUUGAAUUUCCUGCAUUGGAAUGUCAAAGAGAGAAAGAUCCACCUUUUGUCAGUAAUCUAAUCGUAUGUUUAGAUUUUGACACAAAAAAUGAAUAG